AUGAUGCUGAUACUUAAGGACCUUUAUCUGGUGAAAUUCUCGUCAAAGAGGGGAGGCGCCGGCGACAACGCCGCUGGUGAUUUGGAAAAUACCGAAAUCUGCAUGCUCAAAACAAGUGAUAAAGCAAGCAAGGGUAUCAGGGAAUAUUUGACAGCGGCAUCGGAUCAGCCUUCUCCGUAUGACUCGAUCAAUUGCACCACCGCCGCAUACUGA